CCGCGUUCGCAACAUACGGACGCUGCCAUGUGGAAACAACUAAAAGCUCUGGCGGAGCCCCUGGAGCGUGUUAUGACCUUAUGGGUCAAGGGACCAAAGGCCAAUAGUACUGCUACUGGAACUUCGCAACUUACCAUCUUCACCAAGCAACCAGUACCUGAAAUACAAAUAUCAUUUUCUCAAGUAAGCUUUUACAACUCGGUUAAAGCUCAGCAGCAAACUGGUCUUCGUGAUUUUCUUUUCGAAAAUUUCACCAUUUUCAAAUCCUUUACGCCUCUUCCGGCCCCUGUACCGAUAACCUUUACUCAAACUCCACUGAGAGUAUGUAAGCCACAGAGAGUAGGUUUGAUCACAAACCACGUAUUUCUACAGCCAGCUGGAACAAGGAAUGUGUUUUGCAAUAAUGGAGCGCGAAAUUUUUCAUCUGCUCAAACGACAAUGUUCAACAACGGUUUUAGUAGUGGUGGGGUGGUUCUUGCAAAGUUAGGUUGUAAACCUUUUUCGGCGCUUGCGACCAAAACUGGAGCUUUAUGGGCUCGUGUACCUGAUAAUUCGAAUCCAAGCGCAAACCCUUCUGAAUUUGUAGGUCUCAAGAUAGAGGCAGAACGUAAAUUGUUUCAAAGCAAAGGUAUUUUUGAUGCUGUACAAAAACAAGAAACCGACGAAUAUAAACAUAACAAUCCCCGAGUUGUUCGUAGAACGACUAUCAAAAAAUCACGUAAAAAUAAAACUGUCGCCAAAAUCAUAGAUCAAGAAAUUACUGAAAAAAUUAAUGAUCAAGUGUACAUGUCUUUUAUGCUUAGCUCUUCUCUUUUCUGGGACUUUAACGAAAGUUCAAUUUCCAUGGAAAACAGUUGCAGCAGUAUUAAUUCCAUCGCUAGCAUGCUCUCACAUAUGAUACGUAAGAAGAAUGUAACUACGAUGAAUAAGCUGGACUUGUCAUUUAUCGAGAAUCUAGAAGAACAUGAAGAGAUCCAUCAUAAUCAUAUGAUGGAGGUCAUUUCGAUCCUAAAAAUUCUUCAGACGCACGGUGUUGGUUAUGAGAUCAAGGUUUUCGACUCUGAGUUGCGAGUGAAUUUUCCGCGCGGAAUGACGAUUCUCGAAGUCCAAGACUUAUUAGAGAGUUUGGGAAUUGAUUUGGAAAGUCCUCAUUUUGAUCUAGAAGUAAUUCAAUUCGGUGGAAACAUCGCCUUAUCCCCACCUAGUGAUGAAAUUGAUGUGCAUCUACCUGAACCGAGUCAUAACCUCCACUUUUAUGACACUGCUGAUUCGUUUCUAUAUGUGAGAGAUUCGCACCCUUCAACAUUAUCGAUUAGUCCCGCAUCACCCUCGUACAUUCCCAGUGCGCCUCCGUCACCAUGCAUGGCUCCUUGGAAACCCAUGCAACAGUCAACGAGGCACGGACAAGAAUAUUUUAAUGGCAUUGAAGAGUUCAUAAAUCGUGUUGAGAAUUUUUCUGAUAGGAGUGCAGGUUUCGGUAGGGAAAAAGAGAAUUCGGAAUAUGAUGAUUCGGAAAUUGGCGAAAGCUAUAUUGAGCUUUAA